CUGAGAGCUGCCAGCGAAGCGAGCCAGGGGGAGCCCCAGGCCGGGAGGGAGGAGGAGCAGGAGGGACAGGCGAAAGGGAGCCCCGGGGAGGAGGAGGUGGUAGCAGUGAGGGAGGGAGCCCCGGCCCGAGCCCGGCCGCCCCUCGCCGCCUCCAGCCCCAGUGUAAGCGCCCCAUGGCCGCGGCCAAGGCCGAGAUGCCGCUGCUGCCCUCGCUGCAGAUGGCCGACCCCUUCGGCGCCUUCCCGCACUCGCCCCCCGCCAUGGACGCCAACUACCCCAAGCUGGAGGAAAUCAUGCUCCUGGCCGGAGCCGGGCCCCACUUCCUCAGCGCCGCCGCGGGCCACGAAGGAGCCGGAGGGGGAUUCAACCCCUCCGGAGACGCCGCCGAGCAAUCCUUCGAGCACCUCGCUGCAGACGCGGCCUCCUCCUUCCCGGAGCUCCCGCUGGGCGGCGAGAAGGGCCUGUCGGAGGGCGCCUUCCCGGGGCAACAGGGCACCACGCGCCUCCCGCCGCUCGCCUACACGGGGCGCUUCUCCCUGGAGCCCGCGGUCUCGGGCAACGGCGGCAACAACGGCGCCCCGCACCCGCUCUGGCCGGAGCCCCUCUUCAGCCUGGUCAGCGGCCUGGUGGGCAUGGCCAACCCGCCCAGCCUGCCGCCCCUCUCCUCCGCCUCCUCCGCCUCCUCCUCUUCAUCCUCCUCCUCCUCCUCCUCGCCCAUCCUGCUCUCGGCUUCUUCGUCCUCCUCGUCGACGCUGGGCUGCUCGGGCCAAGGCAGCGAAGCGGGGCCCAUCUACUCGGCGGCGCCCACCUUCCCGGGCCCCUCCUCCGGCUCGGGAGACCUCUUCUCGGAGCAGCCCUUCUCCGGCCCGCAGUUCCCGCCUCCUCCGGCUUAUCCCUCGACGGCGGGCAAGAGCGGCUUCCAGCUGCCCAUCAUCCCGGACUAUCUCUUCCCGCCGCCGCCGCAGCAGCAGCAACAGGCGUCGGAGCUGGGCCUGGGCGAGCAGAAGCCCUUCCCGAGCCCGCAGCCCUCGCUGACGCCGCUCUCCACCAUCAAGGCCUUCGCCAGCCAGAGCAGCGCCGGAGCCGGGGGAGGCGGCGGCGGGCAGGAGCCGGUGGGGGGCAAGUCCGCUCCCGUCGCCCCGCCCCAAGGGGCCUCGAGGGCCCCGCGCCUGCGCAAGUACCCCAGCCGCCCCUCCAAGACGCCCCCUCACGAGCGCCCCUACGCCUGCCCCGUCGACGCUUGCGACCGCCGCUUCUCCCGCUCCGACGAGCUGACCCGCCACAUCCGCAUCCACACCGGGCAGAAGCCCUUCCAGUGCCGCAUCUGCAUGCGCAACUUCAGCCGCAGCGACCACCUCACCACCCACAUCCGCACCCACACCGGCGAGAAGCCCUUCGCCUGCGACGUCUGCGGGAGGAAGUUCGCCCGCUCCGACGAGCGCAAGCGGCACACCAAGAUCCACCUCCGGCAGAAGGACAAGAAGGCCGCCAGCGCCGCCGCCGAGAAGGGACCCUCGGGCCCGCCGGCGCCCCCCUGCAACGCCAACCCGCCUUUGCCCUCCUUCCCCUCGCCCGGCACCUCGUACUCUUCCUCCCCCGUGACGUCCUAUUCCUCCUCGCCCGUGACGUCGUACGCAUCCUCGCCCGUGACGUCGUACUCCUCCUCGCCUGUGACGUCGUACUCUUCCCCCGUGACGUCCCCCUUCCCCGCCUUCCCCUCGACGGCUACCAACUACGCCUCCUCCGCCUCCUUCCAGAGCCAGGCCUCUUUCUCCUCGCCGUCGCCCUCCUCGGGCCUCCUGGGAAGCCCCUUCGGCCCUCAAGUGACUCCUUCGGCCCUUUCCGACCUGGCCUCCUCCUUCUCCCCGAGGGCCAUCGAGAUCUGCUGAGGGGAAGGGAGGGAGAGGCGCCAGCCAAGCCCCCUUCGCACAUUGGCUGACCAUAGACUAGACGGGCAUGGGAUAGCUUGGGCCCUCUAGGUGUUUGGGGCUUCAACUCCCACCAUUCCUGGCCUCAGGCCCCUUCCUUUUCCCCCUCAGCCGCUUAAGCGAAAAGGGGAAAAGGAAGGGGCCUGAGGCCAGGAAUGGUGGGAGUUGAAGCCCCAAACACUUAAAGGUCCCAAGUUUGCCCAAGCCUGGAUCCACAGUAUUAUAGAACCAGCCGUCGGAGAACCAGUCCAAGGCCCCGGAUGGAUAGUGUUUGUUUACACAAGAGCACUAAGGGCUGUCUCUUCUUUCCCGCGCUUUCUCGAACUGCACCCCCAGUGGUCAGCCCCCCAGAAAGACUCCCGCCAACCGGAGCCAGCCCUACCCUCUCCACUUCUGUCCGAAAGCUCUUUGAACCUGCAUGGACUAUAUUAUCGAUGUCUUCGUUCCUCCAAGCCCUUCUUCCCCCCGCUGCCGCCGCCUGCCCUCCUCUCUCUUUCUUCCCCAUUUGGGGACUGACUGACUUGACUGGACAGACUUUGGGGCCGAGACAGUGUGACCCUCUCUGUCCCCUUCCCUUCUGGGUCGGAAACAAGGGACCUCUUUGCCUAUUCACGUUGCAUUACUUGGAGGAGGAGGAAGAGGGCCAAGAGCCACCUGCCUCUUCUCUUUCUCUCUCUCUCUCUCAUUAUUAUUAUUUUUUUGUAAAUUGUACUUUUUUUGCUCUUUUAGUGAUUGACAACUUGUUUUUCGGGGAGGGCGGGGGCCGGGGAGGAGAUAACAACAACAACAACAAAAACGAAGCAGCACUUAACUAUGUAUUUGAGCAUGUCAAAACGAGUGUGAUGUUCUUUGUAAAUAUCACCUUUGAGGAUGAAACAUUCUCUCUCUCUCUCAUGUGGCAAAAAAAAAAAGGUUUUCCUUUGGUUGGGGUUUGGUUUUUCUCUCUCUUUCUUAUUUUUCUCCCCUUUCCCCCCAAGUCUUUGGUGCCUUGUUGUGAAGCCCUGCUGACUGUCGUGUUUUUGUGUGAGUGGAUGCUCUGCAUCGCGCCUUAAAGGGGCAGGAAAAGUUGGGGUGCAAAGGGGGGCUCAGGAAGCCAAAAGGGUGGGAGGGGAGGAGGAGGAGGAGGAAGGAAGGAAGGAGCCGGAUGGUGGAAUGUAAGCAAAAACAACACCAAUCAGAACCACCGAACUUCUCCACAGAAAAAAGAAGACAAAAAAAGAGUCUAUUUUUGUUACAGAAGUGUACAAAUUUAUAAAUAUAUUCAGCAGUUGGAAUGUUGUAGUUUUACCUACUGAGUAGGCAGCAACUUUUUGUAUGUUAUGAACAUGCGGUUCAUUAUUUUUGUGGUUUUAUUUUUGGACUUUGUACUUGUGUUUGUUGAAACGAAAAGUGACUGUUUGGCUUUAUAACACAUUGAAUGCGCUUUACUGCCAGUGGGAUAUUUGGUGUACAAUAGCCUCUGGAAAAGUCAAUAAAAAUUAUUGAGAGACCCUC